AUGUCCGGUGCCGACACACAAAUGAGAUGGGGCUCACGCCAUGGGCCUUUUGGCAGCAACGGGUUUCGCCGUCGGUGCAUCAGUGGCGACGAUCUCGACUCUCACCAGCGAGACGAUGCGGUGGGCUCUGCGUUUCUGGCAGAAAGUCGACUGUCGUCACCCCCUUGCUCUCCCGAUCCUCACUCUCAUUGUUGCUCGUCUUCGAAUCCUUCUGGCAAGUGUAGUCGUCGACACACAUCUCUCAUUGUCAUCAUGAAGAUCCAAGCAUCUUUUGUGACGCUGCUCGUCGUCGUCAGCGCCGCCAUCUCGGUUGCUGACGCAAAGGCUCCUGUGGCUAACAAGCGUCCCUCCAACCUCAACCGCCGCGACGAGGCUGCCGCUCUUCAGAAGCGCGGUGGUUUCGGUGGUUUCGCCAGCCGCAUCCUCCGUCGCGAUGGUGGCGCUUACGGCGCCAACUCCGACGCCGAUGGAGGAGACAUCUCGUCGCCUUCGAACCAGGGUGGUGACGAUGGCCAAAAGAAGCAGGACUACGGCAGUCCUCAAAACGGUGACCAGUCGAACCCUCAGGGUCAAGAUGACGGUGCGCAGAAGCAGGACUACGGUAACCCUCAGGGUCAAGACGACGGAGCGCAGAAGCAGGACUACGGUAAGCCUCCGGGCAGCGACCAGCCUGGUCAAGGUCCACCUGGUCAGGGUCAACCCGACCAGAACCAGCCCGGUCAGAGCCCACCUGGUCAGGGACAGCCCGACCAGAACCAGCCCGGUCAGAGCCCACCUGGUCAGGGACAGCCCGGCCAGGACCAGCCCGGUCAAGGUCCGCCGCACGGAUACGCUCCUGACUCCCAGCCUCAGCCCCAGCCAGACCAAGGUGGGCAGCAGCAGCAGCAGCAGACGGACCAGCAGAAGAAGGAUCAGGAGAAGCAGAAGAAGGAUCAGGAGAAGCAGCAGAAGGACCAGGAGAAGCAGCAGAAGGAGGAAGCUAAGCGUCAGAAGAAGGAGCAGGAGCGUCAGCAGAAAGACCAGGAGCGCGCCCAACAGGACCAGCAGAAAGCGCAGCAGGCGUCGCAGCAAGGCGGUCAGGGUGGCGCCCAGCCGGGUAACCCUAACGAUCAGCCGCAGUCCGGUCCGAACCAACAGCCCGAUCAGGGCGGUCAGCCUGGUCAGCCUGGUAACCCUGACCAAACGAUCACCGUGCCUGUCACUUCUGGCAACGAGCCUCUUUCUCCCGAUGCGCUUGCGCAGAGCCCUAUCCCGGUCAACAACCAGGACCAAAGCCCAGGUUCGCCUGACAACUGCCCCAAGUUCCCCAAGAAGGGCGGCGGAGAGGCUGACACCGCUCCUUGCUUCUCCAAGGACGCCAACCGCAAGGACAUCUGCUCUGCCUUGAAGCAGUUUGGCAUCGACACCAAGGCCGUAGGCUGCUCCAAGGACGACUGCAGCGAGGAUGCCAAGGACUACUCGAACCACGCUUGCAACAAGAAGAAGCAGUGCGACUUUGGCUGGGACAACAGCUGCGAUUUUUACCUUCACAUGGGUUUCAGCGACGUCGCCAAGUUCGGUUGCGGUGCCGCUGGCUCUCCUGCCCCCGGUCAGGACGGCGGUGACAACGGUGCCGGCUCCCCUGCUCCUGGUCAGAACGGAGGUGACAACGGUGCUGGUUCUCCUGUUCCUGGUCAGGACGGCGGUGACAACGGUGCUGGCUCUCCUGCUCCUGGUCAGAAUGGCGGCGACAACGUUCCUGGCGCUCCGUCUGACAACGGCGCAGGCGUGUCGCCUCAGCCGGGUCAGCCUGCUCAAGAUGACAGCGAGCAGUGCGACGACGACAAGGGAGCUGAUGGUCAGCAGCAAAACCCUUACGGAUCCGGCGGUGACUCUGACAACGGCGACAACGGUGCUGGUCAGCAGAAGAGCCCUUACGGAUCCGGUGGCGACUCUGACAACGGCGACAACGGUGCUGGUCAGCCAAAGAGCCCCUAUGGAUCCGGUAGCGAUUCGGACAACGGCGACAACGGCGCUGGUCAACGGAAGAGCCCUUACGGAUCCGGUAGCGAUUCUGACAAUGGCGACAACGGUGCUGGUCAGCAGAAGAGCCCUUACGGAUCCGGCAGUGACUCUGACAACGGCGACAACGGCGCUGGUCAGCAGAAGAGCCCUUACGGAUCCGGUAGCGAUUCUGACAACGGCGACAAUGGCGCUGGUGACAAGAAGAGCCCUUACGGUAGCGGUGACGAUGCCGACAAGAAACCCGACGACUGCGAGAAGAACAAGGGUCAGGAUGGUCAGGGUCAAGACGGCCAGGGUCAGGACGGUCAAGGCGGCCAGGGCCAAGGCGGCUACCAGCUUAUGGCUGAUCAGGGCGGUAGCGACCAAGGUCACGAGCCUCCUGCUCAGUUCGGUGACGACCAAGGCCAGCAGCCUCCUCCCCAGGGCGCCGCUGACGGUCAGGACGCACAGCAGGCUCCUCCUCAGGAUGGUUCCCAGUGA